AUGUCCACCGGCAUUGGUUCUUUUGUCGCUGGCGGUAUUGCAGCAUGCGGCGCUGUCACGGUAACUCACAGCUUCGAGACGGUCAAGGUGCGGUUACAGCUCCAGGGUGAACUGCAAGCCAGAAAGGAUGCUCCAAAAAUGUACCGAGGUGUGCUUCACGGCAUGUCCGUCAUCUUCAAGAACGAAGGCCUCAGGGGCCUGUUGCGUGGCCUGAACUGUGCCUACGUCUACCAGAUGAUGCUCAAUGGCUGCCGUCUCGGCUUCUACGAACCCAUCCGCACCCACACGAACUCUCUACUCCUUAACCGCAACUUCUCACAUGCUCACGACCCGAAGGCCAUCGCCAUGCAAAACCUCCCAGUCAACAUCUUCUCGGGCGCUUCGUCUGGUAUCAUCGGUGCAGCUCUCGGCUCUCCUCUCUUCCUGAUCAAGACUCGUCUCCAAAGCUACAGUCCGGCAUUGCCAGUUGGCGCACAACAUCAGUACAAGAACGCUGCUGAUGGCUUCUCCCAAAUUUACCGCGCCGAAGGUAUCAAGGGUCUCUAUCGUGGUGUUGUACCUGCCAUGGUCCGAACCGGUUUCGGAUCCAGUGUCCAACUUCCAACAUACUUCUUCGCUAAGCGCAACCUCGUAAAACACUUUGGUAUGCAAGAGAGUCCUGCUCUGCAUCUCAUGUCUUCUGCCUGCUCUGGUUUCGUCGUCUGCUGCGUCAUGCACCCUCCGGAUACCGUCAUGGGUCGCAUGUACAACCAGAACGGCAACCUCUACUCUAGCGCUUUCGAUUGCUUGUUCCGAACCAUAAAGACCGAAGGCCCGCUCGCCGUCUACAAGGGCUUCUUUGCCCAUUUGGCUAGAAUCUUGCCGCAUACUAUCUUGACCUUGAGUUUGGCUGAACAGACCAACAAACUCAUGCGCAAAUUCGAAGACCGCGUCCUUCCCAGCAGACAAAAAGCAUAG